UGGAACCUCCUUACAUAUAAAAGGUUUGUCGAUUGAAUCCCAUCUAGGAAAAAGAAACCUUUCCUUCUGGAAUAAUUCAGCAGACGACUAUAACGUCUGACCAAACACUGUAUCCAUGGAAAUGGCAUCGCAACCAGUGAUAAUGUCUCAGCCACAACGCUACACAUCCACACGGAGUUUUGAGUGGCAGACGGAUCUCUGUGAUUGUGGCAGUGACUGCCGAACCUGCCUCUGCGGAGUGUUCUGCUUCUGCUGUCUCGGGUGCAAAAUUGCCAAGGACAUGGAAGAGUGCUGCUGCUGUGGACCAAGCGUGGCCAUGAGGACUCGCUACCGGACCCAGUUCAGGAUCCCGGGAUCCAUCUGUUCAGACUGCCUCACUGUCGUCUGCUGUGCUCCCUGUAAUCUGUGUCAGCUGAAGCGGGAUAUCAACAGGAGGAAACAACUGGGAAUCUUCUAGAAAGGUGUUCCUGCCUUGUCCAUUUCGGCCGUUCCUCUCACCAGAAGCCUGGCCUUCAGUCUUCCGCUCUGCUUCAUCACCGUAUCCGGAAAACAAUACAAUAACAACUCAGGUUGCCACCCCACCAGAAAAAGAAUGCGAUCUGGAUCUUCUGAGCCAGUUGUCAGAUGUAGUGUUUGUAUAAAUUCCAGAUUCUAGGGCCAGGGCUGGCAUAAUAAGGAUUCUGGGUGCCCUAUUGGGUUACCAACCUCCAGGCGGCACUUGGAGCUCUCCUGCUAUUACAAUUGAUCU